CAACUGACACCCCCGAGAGACUGACGCUCCCUAGACGCUCCCUAGGGACUGACGCUCCCUAGCCGAAUUCUCCUCUCCUGACUCCUUAUCAGUGAACCACACAGCUUACUGGUCGCAAGAUUUCCGGUCAUGCGUCUUUCCCGCGCAUAACAGGCCCUCCCUUCCAUAGCGCUAGGUUUGGUGAGUAUACCUCGCUGUUUGAUCCUACACUAGUUUGUUACCCUAAAUCCGAGUCAGCUCGGAUUAAUCGUGACGUAGGACCAAGAGCACAUGGUUAUUUCCAUAUACGUCUCAAGGGCGAGCUAGAUCCCCGAAAGACUUUUGAGUCGACUCAAGAGUCGUCUCAAGGGCGAGCUAGAUCCCCGAAAGAUGCCAGUUCAAGUGGCGGCUCAGAUGCCAUGUGAAGUCAUGGCGUCGUCUCAGCACUAGCACCUACCGGUGCAUUGUACCGCAGUUCACUCCUCGUCACCUCACAGGACCACUCUAUGCGACCCAGAUAUGCUGCUGACGUCAUUUCUCUGAUCAGUCAGAUCGCGAUGUGGAUUCUAUCUGAUACGUUCCAGAUCCUGUUGCACCCGAGGAGAUAGUCGUUUACAGCAGCACCUGUUGUAAAAGCCCUUCAUCGCCCGUUUCUCAAGGUAGAAACGCCUGCAGUCGCCAGCACCGGCUAGCAAGAAACACUGGGGAGGCCGUUUCCCCUCCCCCCAAUGGCUCCCCCUUCCACGUCGCGCUUUAGCGGGAAGUCCGCGGAGAGGCCUAGCGAAGGCGGAGUAACCACGCGAAAGAGUUACGAAUACGACGGCAGCGGUAACGGAGGUAGCGUGUCGUCAUUUGAACCCAUCGGCGAGCGGGCGGAAGGAAGCUUCAAGGAAGGGAGCGCCAAGGACCGGUUCAGGACCGCCAGGAGCGUCAAGCGGGGAAGCUCGCCGGCAAGGAGACCGGUGGAUGGGAUCAUGCACGAGUACCAGAUGCAGAACGCCGCUGCGCGCCGAGCAGAGGCGUCCAACAACAAGAAGGGAAUCCGGGGUACCGUGCUUUUCAUGAUGCUGCUCGUCUGCACUGCGGCUGUUGGCUGGGGGGGCUACCAGUACAAGCAAGCCCUCUCUCUCGAGCUCCAACUUUCAGAGCUGCAGCGCAAACACACACGCCUUGCUGCCAAGCUGCCGGAUGACGUCACCACUAUCCCCUCUGACGUCAGCAGCAGCAGCGGCAGGUGCAAGUCUGAUGUACUGUUGGAAGGAGAAACCGGGCCAGAGGGGGGUAGUUGCCCCCCCUUCGCCACAGACGGGCAGGAAGAAAACGGGGGCAGGUGGGGGGGGGAGGAUAGCAAGCUAGAGAGGGAGAGCAAGGAAGGGCAGGAGAGAAAUCGAGAGCAGGAGAGUGGCAAAGACAAGGAGGACAAAAAUGAGGCGGAGGAAGAGGAGGUGAAGGAGGAUGCAGAGAUCUUUUGGCGCCGAGUGGCUCUGCUGGCCUCCCUCCUGUGCCUCGUGCUCCCCAUCUUCAUCAUAAAAAACAUCGACGAGGUGGCCCAGCUCUUUGGGAGGCGGCAGACGAGGUCCAAGGCGCCAGACGGGGCUAUGGUUGUGGCUGCCUCUUCCUCCUCCUCUUCUGCUGCUUCUGGUGGCGGUGCUGCUGCCGCUGGUGGUGGUGGUGGUGGGUCGCCUUCGUCCUCUGCUCUUGCGGCGUCGGUGGACGAGGAGGUGUCGAUGAGCAAGCGCCUGGCGUAUAAGGUGGAUGUGCUCUUCUCCAUGCACUCGUGGGUCAAAGGCGCGGCUCUCCUCGCCGCCACUCUCCUGCUCAUCGCCCUUGGAGGCCUUGCUCUGUACGCCGUCGGAUCCAAAGAGCGGAUGGAUCUGGGCGACGCCACGUGGCGCGCCUGGUCCUACGUGGCGGACGCGGGCAACCACGCGGACAGCGAGGGCGUGGGGCCGCGGAUCGUGGGCGUGAGCAUCAGCAUCGGGGGCAUGCUGAUCUUUGCGCUCAUGGUGGGGCUGGUGUCGGAGGGCAUCUCAGAGAAGGUGGACUCUCUCAAGAAGGGCAAGAGCGACGUCAUCGAGAAGAACCACACUCUCAUCCUCGGCUGGAGCGACAAGCUGGCAUCCCUCUUGAAGCAGCUAGCGGUGGCGAACGAGAGCAUGGGCGGUGGCGUGGUGGUGGUGAUGAGCGAGAGGGAGAAGGAGGAGAUGGAGAGCGAGAUUCAGAAGAUGGAGUUUGACUUCCGAGGCACCACUGUCAUCUGCCGCUCCGGCUCUCCCCUUGUCUUGGCUGACCUCAAGAAGGUGUCGGUGUCAACAGCCAGAGCGCUGAUCGUUUUGGCCGAGGCGGAGAACGCGGAUGCUGCUGAUGCCAGGGCGCUGAGGGUGGUGCUGAGCCUGACGGGCGUGAGGGAGGGGCUGCGGGGUCACAUUGUGGUGGAGCUCAGUGACAUCGACAACCAGCAGCUGGUGAAGCUCAGUGACAUCGACAACCAGCAGCUGGUGAAGAUGGUGGGAGGGCGGAUGGUGGAGACAGUGGUGGCUCACGACGUCAUUGGGAGGCUGAUGAUUCAGUGCGCCCGCCAGCCCGGGCUCGCCCAGAUCUGGGAAACGCUGCUGGGGUUUGAAAACUGCGAGUUUUACACGAAGCACUGGCCGGAGCUUAUAGGGAAGACUUUCCGGGAGGUUCUGCUCUCGUUUCCUGAUGCGGUGCCGUGCGGUUUGAGGGUUUCCGCGCGGACGUACUUUGAGAAGAGCACUGAGGCAGUCGGGUUUUAUGGGGACGCUGGGAGCAGCAUCGGCGGUGGCAGUGAAAGUGGGGGAGAGGGAGAAAGAGAAGGAGAGGGAGUGGGAGGAGAGGUGAAGAGGGAUCACAAGGGGGAUACGCGACUGUGGCUCAACCCCGAUGAUGACUACGUGCUCCUGCCUGAGGACUCGGUUCUUGUGAUCGCUGAAGAUGACGAUUCCUAUGCCCCCGGCCCGCUGCCCAUGGUGCGAGACGCCCCGCUGCCCGACAUCGAAACUCCGCCGAAGCUGCCCGAAAAGAUCCUCUUCUGUGGCUGGCGGCGUGACAUUGAUGAUAUGAUCACGGUGCUAGAGGCCUUCCUGGCCCGCGGCUCCGAGCUGUGGAUCUUCUCAGAUGUGCCUGUGGAGGAGAGGGAGGCGAGGCUCAUAGAGGGAGGGCUGAACCCCAGCGAGUUGGAGAACGUGACUCUGGUGCACCGCAUGGGCAACGCCGUCAUCAGAAGGCACCUUGAGUUCCUGCCACUAGAGACGUUCGAUUCGAUCCUCAUUCUAGCGGACGAGGGCCUGGAGGACUCCAUCAUUAACUGCGACUCUCGCUCCCUUGCCACACUUCUGCUCAUCAGAGACAUCCAGUCCAAGCGCAUGCCGGCGGGCGGCAAGGGCCACCGCCGCAGCAACUCGUCCAUCUCGUUCCCUCGGCCCGCCUCCACGACCUCGUGGGUGGGGCAGAUGCAGCAGGCCUCCCAGCAGUCCAUCGUCAUCUCUGAGAUCCUGGACUCUCGCACGAGGUCUCUCGUCUCGGUGUCCAAGAUCAGCGACUACGUGCUCAGCAAUGAGCUGGUGUCCAUGGCUCUGGCAAUGGUGGCGGAGGACAGGGAGGUCAAUCGCGUUCUCGAGGAGCUCUUUUCUGAAGAGGGCAACGAGAUGUACAUCCGGCCAGCCGAGCUCUACUUAACCGAUGGGGAGGAACUGUCGUUCUUCGAGGUGGUGGUGCGCGCCCGGCAGCGCAUGGAGAUCAUCAUUGGGUACCGGCUCUUCACGGAGGACGAGGCCAUUCUGAACCCACCGGACAAGGCGGAGAGACGCGCGUGGUCGAUUCAAGACACGUUCAUUGUCCUCUCUUUCAACGAGUAGCAGUAGCCGGCUUUCUCGAGGGUUGUCACCCGCAUCUCAAGCCACCUGACGAGUUUCGAGUUUACAGCGUGGCUCAUCCAGCCAGGAUGAGAGACGUGCGUGGCUCAUCCAGCCAGGAUGAGAGACGUGCGUGGUCCAUCCAAGACACGCUCAUGGUCCGGCCUUCAAUGAGUAGCAGCAGCCAUUCUCGAGAAAUUAUCGCAUGUCAUCCCACUCAACAAUGUUGAGACGCGCGUGGCUGAUCCAAGACACACAACUAAUAGUGGCCAUGCAACAACAAUCGGCCGGCACGCGUCCAUGCUAGGAUAAUCUCUUACCUUCUCAAAGUAGAUAGUCAUGCUUGGCAUGUUCUUGGCUUGGUUUGGUGUGGUUUGUGUCCAAAAUCCACUCAGUUUCUUCUCAUCCUCUGACAGAACGAUGUCCUGACAAGUAGAGCUGAAUGCCACUAGAAGUGCAAUGAGUGGAUGAGUGGAGGACCGUGCCAUAUGGCGCGAAGUCUGAACUUGGUAUUUCUACUUCCAGGUGUAGUAGGGACAGUAUGCAUUAAGUUAAAUAUUUUCUCAGAACGUGG